UUGACCUUUAGGUUAUGCCAAAAAAAUUAAAGCCAAGCUGACCUUAGCUUGUAGGCUCCAUCAUAUGUGAAAAAUUCCCACAUUUCAUGAACAAAAUUAGUCCAUAAAGUAAAAGAGGAGGCAUUACCAUGACCACGUUGUUGCAGCUCUUGAGCAAGCAUCUUCACUUUUUUCUGAGUCCCUUUGCAUCUUCAACUUUCUGAACAACUUGUAUCAUCGUAAUCAGAGAUCGUCAUCUCUCUCUCUUCCAAACACUCUCUUUUCUUUUCCUUUUCUAUUUACUACUGCUGUUCCUGUUUAGUGGGAGUGCUCUUUUCAGGGCAUUUUCUACGUCCACCCAGGGACAGUUAAUUCCUUUCUUGGGGGCUCAUUAGAGGAAUUGGGAGUUGGGAGUUGUUGAGGAUGAGAAACGUGCUCCGUUGUCUGCGACAAUGGCGACCAGCCUUUCAGAGGCGACAUUGUGUUUUGUUCAGUGUUAAUGGUGCAGAAGAAUCCCCAUGUCAUUUUGGAAAGAGCUGUCAUAUUCACAGUUCAGCUUAUAGAGUUAUUGAUACUGCUGAGACCAACUUUUUCAAAAACCAUUCGUUUGUAGCAAUCACGAGAGCUCUCUCGACCGAUGCUGCAAAACUCAGAAACACAGUUACAGAAACAACCAAAGCUGGGCCUCUUGUUGAGUAUGAACGAAGAAUUGCUAAUGGUGAACUUGUAGAAGGCGAUGCUUGCCAGGUUGACACUCUGUCAGAACUUCAGAGACUAUAUGAUGAGCUUGUUGAGUCUGCUGAUGUCUGCCAACUGGAUCGCAAUCAUGAAAAACCUGUAAGGAGUGGGUGGCUGUGGUCUAGGCUCUUGUCACAUCCUUCUUACUCACCUGUAAAAGGUUUAUAUCUUUUUGGAGGAGUGGGUACUGGUAAAACUAUGCUGAUGGACUUGUUUUUUGAUCAAUUGCCCUCUAAUUGGAGGAAAAAGAGGAUUCAUUUUCAUGACUUUAUGUUGAAUGUACAUAGCAUGUUACAGAAGCACAAGGGGUUGUCAGAUCCACUUGAUGUGGUUGCAGGAGAGAUUUCUGAUGAUUCAAUUUUAUUAUGCCUUGACGAAUUUAUGGUAACAGAUGUAGCAGAUGCAUUGGUACUAAAUCGCUUGUUUAGACAUUUGUUCAACAAAGGCAUUAUUCUAGUAGCCACAUCGAAUCGUGCACCAGAUAAGCUGUAUGAAGGUGGACUGCAGAGGGAUCUCUUUCUACCCUUCAUUGCAUCACUGAAGGAAAGAUGCGUAGUACAUGAGAUUGGUUCAUCAGUUGACUACCGCAAAAUGACUUCGGGCGAAGAAGGAUUCUAUUUCGUUGGGGGAGACUUAUCUGGAUUUCUCAAGCAAAGGUUUCAACAGUUGAUUGGAGAAGGUACAGCUACUCCCCAAGAAGUAGAAGUAGUUAUGGGAAGGAAACUGCAAGUUCCAUUGGGAGCUAACGGAUGUGCCUAUUUUCCUUUCGAGGAACUUUGUGAAAGACCUCUUGGGGCUGCAGACUAUUUUGGGUUAUUUAAGAAGUUCCACACGUUGGCUUUAGAAGGCAUUCCAAUUUUUGGGCUUCACAAUAAAUCAGCUGCACAUAGAUUUGUCACUUUAGUUGACGUAAUAUACGAGAACAAGGCCAGACUAUUAUGUACUGCUGAGGGGACUCCUCAAGAUCUCUUUGAAAAAAUAGUAACAAUAUCUGAAGCUAAAAAU